AACCCUAGCCAGUCUCUUUCUUCCUCCGCCGUUCCCUUCCCCUUUCCCCGUCUGCUCGAAGCUCCGGAGAUCCAGAAAUGACGACCCGCUUUAAGAAGAACAGGAAGAAGCGCGGUCACGUGAGCGCCGGGCACGGCCGUAUCGGCAAGCACAGGAAGCACCCUGGAGGUCGCGGUAACGCCGGAGGCAUGCACCACCACCGCAUCCUCUUCGACAAAUACCAUCCUGGUUACUUCGGGAAGGUGGGUAUGCGCUAUUUCCACAAGCUGAGGAACAAGUUCUUUUGCCCCACCGUGAACAUUGACAAGAUCUGGUCUCUGCUCCCGCCGGAAGUUCAAGAAAAGGCGGCCAAGAACAAGGACUCCGCCCCUCUGAUCGACGUCACCCAGUUCGGGUACUUUAAGGUCCUGGGUAAGGGUGUCUUGCCGCCGUCGCAGCCCGUGGUGGUCAAGGCCAAGCUCAUCUCCAAGAUUGCUGAGAAGAAGAUCAAGGAGGCUGGUGGUGCCGUCGUGCUCACGGCUUAGGUUUAUUUCUGUUUGUUUUAUUUUCACUGAUUUAUUAAUAGUGACUGGAUUUUUGGAUAUUUGAGUUUUAUAUAAAUUGUUCUGAGAUAUUACUGCUAUUACUAUUGCGUUUCAUUA